AUGGCGUUCAAAUUGAAUAAAUUCUAUGAUAAGUACCUGCGCGAUUGUAAGGCGGGCACCUUGGCUGUUCCACUUUGGAAUGAAGAGGAGACCAAUGAGAUUUUCUAUGGGGAGGUCUUCUGCCGCAUUGAGAAUUGUGGAAGUUGCAAAACUCAGUUCUCCACAACCAACAAUCUGCGCCACCACCUGGCAAAGUACCACAAGGACUACAUCUUCGCUCGCGUCUCUGGAGGCCGUGUGAGCCAUGAAGCUCGCACUAAGGCUAACAGAUUUUACGAGUCGCUGUACGUGCAGGAUGAGUCGUCCUCUUCCAGUUCCGACGACAAUGACAAUGAUGAAAAUGAGGGCAGUCCUGUUGAUGAUGAGGAUGAUGAGACCUGUUCUGAGAAAUCCAGCUCCCCCGAGUGUGCCUUGACCCCUGGCCCCGGCCCCAGCAGCCCCCCUUCAGUUACCUCUGAGGAAGAUAAUCUUCCUCUUCCAAUGUUGGAAGAUGGAACAGUCAACCACAAGGCCGUGCGCCGUGUCGCCCUAGACCAGGGUCAGAGGAUUCCCUGCAAGUCCUGCCGUAAGGCUAAAAAGGACUGCGCUCAGACUAAUAAUUUUCUUAUGUAG